AUGCUGGCCAUCGAUCUGAACCGUAUGCCCAUACAUCUGGGCAAACAAAUGAACCGCCCGUCUGACCGACCGCCUAUCCCCCACGAGAAAAUAGUCAUGCCCAAACAUGACCCCACCCGGUCGCAACAACCGGUACGCCCGGUUCAAAUCGGACCAAAUCGAGGUAAACUCAUGACCCGCGUCGAUCUCGAUCAGAUCCGCGGUCACACCCCACUCGCACAACACCGACAGGGUCGAACCGGCGGAGAACGGGAGCGGAAGGACCGAGUCGGUCACGUUGGUAUAAACCGCGUUCUGCAUGAACUGAUACAACAGCGUCACGGCGCCGUUGACUUGCUUAAUAAAGGGGAACUCCUCCCUGAACCCGGCCCAACCCCGGAAGUCGUCGAUGCACAAAAUGACCGUGUCGUCGAGGCCGAGCUCACGCGCCAGCUUGGCCAUGUGGACGGUCGACGCGCCGAGAAAUGUCCCGACUUCGAUGAUGACCUCGGGGCGGACCUCCUCGAGGAGGUGGCGGAACACGGGCGUGGUGGAGCCCCAGCCUUUGAGGCACUUGUGGCGGAGGGACCCGGCCACGUGCGGCGGCGGGAAGUCGGAGAAAGGGGAGGUGCCGCCGUAGACGCGGUCGAUGAGGGUUUGUCGGAUCUGGCGGGUGGGUAA